AUGUCGUCGCCCUACUCUGAUGCCUCGCCCGGCUCAGCGGUUCAAUAUGCCUACAUGUUCGAGAAGGAUAAGGGUCCUACAAAACAACUCGAUGCGCUGUUGAGGGCCAUUGCCCGUCAUGUGAUACUGGAGAUUGGCGACAAGACGGAUACCCAUCUUACACCGAGCAAGUUGGCUGCCUUUUACAAGGCGGUUGGCGGAGACUACGAUUCCCUCUUUGUGGGAUCGCCACAUGGUUCCAUUUCCUACGUCUGGCAAGUUACUGGUUGCCAGCAUACCCUCCAACCUACGGGUAACGACUUUGAAGCCCCGUCGAUACCAGCCCUUACCUACCGCGGCUUCUCAAGAUGGGAGUCACUGGAAAUUCUGCUGGGUCCUGAGGAACAUGUUCCAUUUUUACAAUACGCAGUCAAGAAGUGGAAUCUGAAACACCCAGAGACUGGCGCCGAUUUCCCUCCCGAGUUACCGUCGACCUGUUUCCCGGAGCAGGCUGACCGUGAGGUUGACCGUUGGCACAAAACCUGCGCAGACAAACUUUGGACAGCGGCAUCCAACGAUGACGGAGCGACACCAAAGCCCUCGCCCGCCAACGAACAGCCUCCCCCAAAGUUUGCCUACACUCACUUCCAGGAGCCCUUCUCCAACAACUCAUCUCCAAGGCCACGGCCAAACGAGGGGGACUAUUUUGGACGACCCACGUCGUACCCUCAUGCACCACGGCGAUAUGCGAGUCAACGCAAGUCAGAACGGUCGCCUGACAGAUUCCGCCGCGACACACCACCAGAUGACAGGGGAAGGAGGAAGAGCUUUUCCGACUAUGCCUCUGGAAACCCUGACGCAGGUCCUCCUCCUCCGCGAGGCUAUUCUCCGUCAUAUUUGGACCCCAUGAAGCGGCCCGGUCAAGGGCGAAGACAUAGUCACCCACGACACCAAAUGACGGAUUCGUCAGAUGAUGAACAGGUUGGGGGACCUAGAGAGAAGCGACGCCGUCAACCAAACUCUCCACCCGCCCCAGCGGUCCGUAGAUUUGUACGGACGUCGGGGCCCUCAUCGCAAUCACAGGGAUCCUCAAACGGGUCCAGUAACCUUCGCCCGCUUAGACCAGAUGGCCGGUCUGACGAUGCAAAGAGGCGUAGUGGACCAAGCCCCCUGGGCUCGCUCCGCGACAAAUUCACAGAGACGGUUACCAGUAUUCUUCCCAAUGGCCUUACCUCCGAGCGACCGCGGCCUGGCUCGAGACAGAACUCUGGAACAGAGCCUAUUCGUUCACGAAGAAGCCGUGAACAGGUUCGGCCUUCACGUCUAAGUCGCAGCUACUCCGACAUGGACACGGAUGAGUCGGAGGAUCCUGCCAUGACGGAAAGUGAUGCCCGCAGAAGGCGACGACUACGUGAGGAGCGCGAAAGGGAAAGGGAACGGGACAGGGAACGGCAUCAAAGGGGACGAGUCCCGCAUCCUGACCGCGAAUGGGAAGAUGACAGGGAUGCUGCGCUGAGGAGAGAGAAGAGCUAUCUGCGGCGACCGGAAGCUCAAAGAAGGACAAGCAGCCACGCCGACAUUGAUAGGAAACGAGACCCACCGGAAUGGGAUAGUCGAGAUCGGGACAGAGACCGAGAUCGAGACAGGGACAGGGACCGUGUGAGAGACGAGAGAAGGAAAUGGGAGAGGCGGAAUUCUCCAGACGACGACUUGACGAGUCCUGCGGCGGCUAUGGCGGCCAGACGAAUGCACCCAGAAGCGGCAUAUAGCUGA